AUGAAUCCGAAGGCACGCGGCGGCGUCACCUUCGUUGAGUGCGUCGAGAUAUCUCAUGCCUCGUCAUGCGCUGUUAGAUUCUCACAGCAACUAGAGGAAGUGGAUGAUGAUACCGUGCAGAGGCGAGCUCUGAUUCUCAGCAGCUGCAAUCGCUACGCUGGUCAAGCUCGUCGCGCUGUCAAGGCUGUCAGCGUGGUCAAUGCCGUGGAUAUAAUCGACCGGGUGUCUCAGAGUAACCCUAUAGAACGGAUUUUCUUGCAAUACCUGACCUCUUGGUUCAUGCAUCGUUGCAAGAGUCCCCCAAAUUCGGGCGAACGACCCAAAAAUGGUGUCACAGCGUUCUGGGGCCAAAUUCUCUGGGAAUUGAUGAGAUUUUUCCAAACCAGUGGGCCGGUAUAG